GAGCGAGAGCCUGGGGUCUGUGAAUGGAUGAGGAGGAAGAAAGGGUUUAAAGCUGGUUACCUAACAGGAAAACCUCUGACUUUUCCACUGGGGGCUUAACUCCUCACAUGCACUAUGUCUAUCCCAUCUGUGAUGAUAUUGCCACUGCUGGUGGUGGUGUUCGCUGGAAUCUACUACUUUUACAACGAGAUUAUCCACUUCAUGUCCAAGUCCAUCGUGCGGAACAAAGUGGUGGUGAUUACAGAUGCUGUAUCUGCAAUGGGAAGUGAGUGUGCCAGGCUGCUGCAUGAAGGUGGUGCACAGUUGGUGUUGUGUGGACCCAACUGGGAUAAGCUGGAGUCUCUCCAUGAUUCACUGUGCAGUGGCUCAGACCCCAGUAAAACUUUUCCACCCAAGUUGGUGUUGCUGGACUUCAGUGAUAUAGACAGCAUGGAGGAUGUGAUUACAGAGAUCAGUGAGUGCUACGGCUACGUGGAUGUUCUCUUAUGUAAUGGCAGCAUGAAGGUCAAAGCCCCGGUACAGAACCUUUCACUGGAGAUGGACAAAAUCAUCAUGGACGUUAACUACUUCGGGCCCAUCACUUUGGCAAAGGGUAUUCUGCCGUUAAUGAUUGCCAGAAGAACAGGCCAUUUCGUAAUCGUCAACAGCAUCCAAGGGAGACUUGCUAUCCCAUUUCGCUCCUCCUACGCUGCUUCCAAGCAUGCUCUGCAGGCCUUUUUUGACUGUCUGAGAGCAGAAGUUGAGGAGUAUGGCAUCUCUGUCAGUACAAUCAACCACACUUUCAUCAACGCUACAGCCCAGGAGGCCACCACCCCCUCUCAGUCUCAGCCCACCAACACCCUGUGGGCAUACAUUUUAAGCAAGCUAACCACUCACGGUGUGAGCCCUAAAGCCCUGGCGUGUGAGACUGUGCGAGUGGUGAACCGGAGGAGGAGAGAGAUUGUCCUGGCUCACCCCAUCCCCUGGGUUGCUCUCUACAUCCGCUCACUCAUGCCCAGCUUCUUCUUUUCUGUGGUGGCAGCAGGGGUGAAAGAUGUGGCGAUGAAUCAGCAGCUGAAAUAGAUCCAUACGUCAUAUGCUUGUGAAUGACUGAGAGGCUUGUUGUUCCUUUAACAAUGUGUCAUUAGAAUGUGUUUUGAGUGAUAAUUCUCGCUUUGACAUGUGACCUCUGAUGUAAUACAGGGACAGUGGUGGUUUGGAGGAGGAGGUUUUAGGGCUUAGUCCAAGCGAUGACCUAUUUGCUUUAUUUGGCUGGUAAAACAUCACAUGCACUGUAGUAUCUGCUCUAAAUACAGUGGUGCUUGAAAGUUUGUGAACCCUUUAGAA